AUGUUGUCCUCAACCCGCCUUACUCUCGUCCGCAGCCUUCGCUCCCGCUCCCCCCUCGCGCCAGCACACACCGCUGCCCUCUCCUCCUUCUCCGCUCGCCGACCCGCUGUUUUCCCUGUGACAGCAUUCAAGGCGAAUUCCCGCAACAUGUCUAGCCAUGCAGAGUCCGCCGUCCGCCCCGAGCCCGACCAGGUGCUCCAGGACAUCGCAGACUACGUGCACAACUACAAGAUCGACUCGGACAUAGCUUUCGAGACGGCGCGACUUUGCCUGAUCGACACCAUCGGCUGUGGUCUCGAGGGUUUGCGCUUCCCCGCCUGCGCGAAUCUCCUCGGACCAGUGGUCGAGGGCACCGUCGUUCCGAACGGCACGCGGGUCCCUGGCACGAACUACCAGCUCGACCCCAUCCGCGGCGCUUUCAACAUUGGCACCCAGAUCCGUUGGCUCGACUUCAAUGACUGCUUCCUGGCCGCAGAGUGGGGCCAUCCCUCCGAUAACCUCGGAGCCAUCCUGGCCGUUGCGGACCACCUCUCCCGCAAGGGUGAAAAGUUCACCGUCCGCGACAUCCUCGAGGGGAUGAUCAAGGCACAUGAGAUUCAGGGCGGCCUCGCGCUCUUGAACUCCUUCAACCGUGUCGGCCUGGACCACGUCGUCCUUGUCAAGGUCGCGAGUACCGCGGUCGUGUCUAAAAUGAUCGGUCUUGACCGUGCGCAGACAAUUGAUGCCAUUUCGCAAGCAUGGGCGGAUGGCCAGUCUCUCCGUACUUAUCGACACGCACCCAACACUGGCUCACGCAAGUCAUGGGCGGCCGGCGAUGCCUGCUCACGCGCAGUGAACCUUGCUUACCUCGUUAAGAAGGGUGAGAAGGGCAUGCCGUCGGUGCUCACCGCCAAGACUUGGGGCUUCUACGACGUUCUCUUCAAGGGCAAGCCUUUCCAGUUCCAGAUGCCAUACUCCUCGUACAUCAUGGAGAAUGUACUCUUCAAGAUCUCCUACCCUGCCGAGUUCCAUGCACAAACCGCCGUGGAGGCGGCACACAUAAUCUACGGCAAGCUGAAGGAGCUGGGCAAGACCAGUGACGACAUCAAGAGUAUUCGCAUCCGGACACAGGAGGCGGCCAUGCGCAUCAUCAACAAGAAGGGGCCGCUUGACAAUUUCGCCGACCGAGACCACGACAUCAACUACAUGGUCGCGUACCCGCUCAUUUUCGGCGAGCUGACGUCGCAGUCCUACACGGACGCGUCUGCCGCGGACCCGCGGAUUGACGCUCUCCGCGCCAAGAUCGCCUGCGUGGAGGAGCAGCGCUAUAGCGUGGACUACCACGAGCCGGCGAAGCGCUCGAUCUCGAACGCGCUGCUCGUCGAGCUGAACGACGGCACAGUCCUCGACGAGGUUGAGGUCGAGUACCCCGUCGGCCACAAGCGCCGUCGCGCCGAGGGCACCCCGCUCUUGAUGCGCAAGUUCCAGAACCAUAUCGCGCCGCACUUCGACCAGGCGCAACAGAAGAAGAUUUUGGGAACAGUCAACGACGCGUCAGGCCUUUCCAAGCUUCCCGUAGACAAGUUCACGGACCUCUUCGUCAAGGCGUGA